AUGCGAUCAUUGCAUGAUCAAGAGUUUGCAAAAUUUCUUAUUCACAUUGGUGAUGGUGUUGAACCUACCAAACCAGAUGACAUGGUGAGGUUACCUUUACAUAUUGCAAUCGCAUGGGAAUGUGAACAUUACAUACAAGUACUUAUCCAACAUAUUUUUCCUAAUUUAGAAUUGCAUGGUUGGGAUGCCUCAUAUAUGGUACAAAGGGCUAUUUUGACACCAACAAAUGAUGAUGUCCAGAAAUUGAAUGAUAUGAUUAUCGAUGAGUUUCCAGAAGAAGAACAUAAUUUGUUAUCGUUUGACGAUGUUGAAGGAGAUAAUCAUAAUUUAUACCAACAAGAAAUCUUAAACUCAAUUGCACAAGGAAGCAACGCAAGAAAACGUGCUUUUUUGCCCAAAAUUAAAAUAAAAACAUCUGCAAGUGAUGGACUGCCUUUUGUCCUUAGUAGAAAGCAGUUUGCUGUGCGACUAAGUUUUGCAAUUACAAUAAAUAAAUCACAAGGACAAACCAUUCCAAAUGUUCGAAUAUAUCUUCCACGACAUGUUUUUAGUCAUAGACAGUUAUAUGUGGCUUUAUCCAGGGGUGUUUCACAGACUACAACAAGAGUUUUAACUAGGGAAGGAAAAUUGAAAGGAGAAGAUGCCAAACUAGAACACGAUGAAAUCUUUCAAUUAUAUAUAAAUGGGGUGAUAGUUAUUCUCACUAUUCUUAGGCAAUAA